CUAGUUAAUAGAGCUGAAUGUCACAAUGAUUUUAUAUGAUUUUAAACAUUUUUAUAAUUCGAUCCAUAAUAAAUCUCGUCUGCUUGACAAUAGAAUUCUUACGUACAAAUGAUCUAACCAUUAGAGGCACACAGUAUUUUUCAUUUUGAGUCAAUCAUAUUUACAAAUAGUUAUUUAUGUUGACAAUUCUUAUCAAAUGAAUAAAAACAGCAAAGCGGGAAAAGCCAUUCCUUUUUCCAGUGAUAGUAAUGAAAACGAUAUAACUAGCUUUUUCGAAUGCCCGGUUUGUUUCGACUACGUUCUCCCUCCCAUUUAUCAAUGCCGGAGUGGACAUCUGGUUUGUUCUUUGUGCCGGCUCAAUCUAAAAUGCUGUCCAACUUGCCGGGGACCUUUAGGCAACAUCAGGAAUUUGGCGAUGGAGAAGGUUGCAAGCACGAUCCUAUUCCCUUGUAAAUAUAACAAUUCGGGCUGCAACAAAUCCCUGUCCCACACCGAAAAAGUUGAACACGAGGAAAUUUGCGAAUUUCGGCCUUACGUAUGCCCUUGCCCAGGGGCUUCCUGUAAAUGGCAAGGCUCCCUCGAACAAGUCAUGUCCCAUCUGCUCGUUUCCCACAAAACAAUCACCACCCUUCAAGGUGAAGACAUAGUCUUCUUAGCCACCGACAUAAAUCUGCCUGGAAACGUAGACUGGGUCAUGAUGCAGAGCUGUUUCGGCCAUCAUUUUAUCUUGGUCUUGGAAAAGCAGGAACGCCUGGCCACACCCGCCCCUACCCCAUCAGCCCUUUCAUCCACGCCCUCUAACAAUUUACCAUCAUCUAACCUGACCCCCUCCUCUCUCGAUCAUCAGGGAUCGGCAGAUGGGGGAGGAGGUGGCUCUGGGGGUCAUGCUGGCCACGCCAUGGGUGUAUCAUUGAACCGUACUCCCCUUCAACAGUUUUACGCCGUAGUUCAGCUGAUUGGAUCCCGAAAGCAAGCCGAAAACUUUGCUUACAAACUCGAGCUCAACGGUAACGGACGGCGCCUAACAUGGGAGGCCAGACCCAGAAGCGUGCAUGAGGGCAUAGCUAACGCUAUAGCAAAGUGCGAUUGCCUCGUUUUCGAAUCGGGCGUGGCAUCGCUCUUCGCCGAAAAUGGAAAUCUCGCCAUCAACGUCACUAUAACAUCCGCCAAUGGUUCCGCUAAUAUCUUAGCCGGCCCAAACUCGCCGCCCCAGAAAUAAUACGAAGAAAGAAAAGGAAAGGAAACGUCGAUAUUUUUUAUUUGUUGCGAAUUAAUAGAAGUCAUGUUUUUGUAGUAUUAUACCAUUUCAUUAAACAAUAUAUUAUGAUUUCUAUAUUUAAAACUGUACGUAUUAUGUUUAUAAUUACAGACUCAUUACGAUAAAUAAUGUAUAACAAUAUAAAAGUUAGUUUGUGUCUACCAUUUAGAAAUGUUACUAUGUUACUACUAACCAUCCUAUGAUACUAAUGAAUAUAUUUAAAGCUUGUUUCUGAUUUAUAUCAUAUGGCUGCAGCCAGACCCUAAUUCAAAGUGUUCCCCAUAGGUUAAAUAACGCAAGUAUUAUUUGUCAACAAAUACCCCCCUUAUUUUUAGUUGCAAUAUACAUUUUCUAUUAAUAUUUGAAUUAUAAAUUUUGUAAAAAAAAUGUUGAAUAACUAAAUUUAAUUCGAAUCUAAAAAAAAAAGUUUGUUAUAA